CGGUAUUGUGGUGGUGUUGAAGCAGAGUAUCACAACAAUGGGUCUUGCUUUCGAAAUUUUCGAAUUGCUUCUGCGGAUUUUCUGGACUUACCUUGAGAGCGCUUACAGGUUGAUCAUUCCUGUACCACGUAAGAAGAUAAAUGGGGAGAUCGUAUUAAUCACAGGUGGUGGUGGAAAAAUUGGCGAAUGCAUUGCAUCGGAACUUAUUAAGGAAGAUGUAACAAUUGUUCUGUGGGAUGUCAGUGAAAAGGCGAUGGACAGGGUUGCUGGUAAUCUCCGAAAACAAGGUGGUAAGGUCCACACAUACCGCUGCGAUCUGACAAGCAAAGACGAAGUCUACAGCGUUGCAAAAACAGUCGAGGAAGAAGUUGGCCAUGUCACCAUACUGAUUAACAAUGCUGGUAUUAUGAUUACCAGAAACUUGCUCAAAUGCUCUGAUGAUGAGCUGGCCAAACAGAUGCAAGUGAACACAGUUUCACAUUUCUGGACCUGCAAAGCUUUCCUGCCUCACAUGUUGGAAAUUAACCAUGGUCAUAUCGUGACUGUUGCGUCCGUUGCAGGCUUAUUUGGGUUGCACAAUGUUGUCGGAUACUGCACCUCGAAAUUUGCAGCUGUCGGAUUUCACAAAGCGUUGAGCCUGGAACUACUGGCCAAUGGAAAAACCGGCGUGAAGACGUCGUGUCUCUGUCCUUACAUGGUGAGAACUCCUUUGCUUGGAAAAUCUUCCGCAAGGUUCCCAUCGAUGUUCCCACUAUUGGAGCCCGAAUAUGUCGCGAAAGAAAUGGUGGACGGAAUGCUGCGAGACAAAUUUAUGAUCGUCUUGCCGAGAUCGCUCAGCGCCCAUUUGUUAUCCCAAAUGCUCAUGCCGGUGAAUGCAAUGAAACUGCUGUUUCACUUUUUUCGCAUAUCAAUCGAGGAAGAAACGGCAGCGACCAUGUUCCAAAGACGAGAACAAGCUGCUGCAGCCGAGGAAAAGAAAUCUGGAUAAGAAAUGACUGAAUUGCAUCGCUUAGAGAAGAGGGGGGGUAGAGAAAUUCACAAGGCAACUUUAAAAUGAUUAUGCGUUUGAUUUCAGUAUAGGGAACACCAUAGACUCUAGUUUGUAAUUAAUGGCAAUAUUUUAACAUUCAAAAUUGGUGUGUGUUUUCUUUUAAAUUAUAUGAAAAUAUUUUGUUA